UAUGCAGGCGUUUCGAUGGGAACAGUGAGCAGGAUCAAGUUGGAGGACCCAAUGAUUGAUGCCUUUGGACUUUGGUGGCCACGGGCAUCUACAAGGAAGCUCCUAGAGCUCUCCAGAAGCUUAUCUGAGCCGCAGGCUUCGCGGCCAAUUAAGCGUAUAAAAGGAGCUCCCUGUGCCAGCAUUUCUCGCAUCUUCCCGAUUAGUUCUCGUCUACUGCCAUCUUUCUCCGCAACACACCUUCUGCUCAGAUUGCUCGAUUGUGUCAACAAUCACUCCGAUCGUACACCAUGUCUGGAUGCUCAUCUUCCACCUGUUGUUGCGGUUCUAGCUGCCAGUGCGACCCUUCAAGUUGCAAGUGCAGGUCCUUGGCUGAGCCCACCUUCGGUGGCCUUCGCAAGUGUGUCUCUGCUCUCUUCUGCCCUUCGUGUUCCAGAUGAAAUUCUACAACGCAGAGAACGACUGCAAAUGUGGACCCGGCUGCAGCUGCGCCGACUGCGACUGCCACAAAUGAAGACCUCCGUCGUCUCUCACGACGGUUUGGAUCGGGAGGGGCUUAACCUUGGCGUGAGCUUCCUCAUCAGUUGUGUGUAAGAUUCGUCAGGAAAGACAAAAAAAAAGUAUCGAAGCUUCCAAGCUAUGGCUACCGCUCUAUUAGGAGUAAAUCGCCACUCUUUUCGGGGCAGAGAAACCAUAGCAAUUAUCAAUAAUAAUCAUCAUCAUUGUGAGUAGUUGCAUCCGAGCGGCAGCUGCCUGUGCUUGUUUUUCGAUUUGCAAUUGCUCAGUAAAGUUUGCUCUCAAUUAAAUUCUGAA